AUUCUCUUCGUCUCUAUCCCCGUACUGAUGGAGAUCCGUGAAAAAUGUCACAAUGGAGUGGCGAACAGUCAGUUGCAGAAUAUGGGGAUUUGCAGGCAAGUGCAAUGGCAGUGGACUGCACUGGACAAUUUGCUGUCUUGGCUGGCCGUAAAGUGAUGACCUUGGUAGAUUUAGACAAUCCAACUGAUAGAGUAACAAAAUUGACAAGACAAAGUAAAUUUGAUAUAAGUUGUGUACAGUGGCACCCCUAUCCUGUUUGUGGAGACCUAUUUGCUACAGCUUGUAACCAGAGAUUAGAUUUAUUUUCUUGGACGAGUUAUGGAAAUAUCAAUCAGAAAUGUUCUAUGAGAGGACACUCCAGAACUGUCAGUGAUUUAGAUUGGUCUCCUUUUGAUGUUAACAUAAUUGCUUCCUGUUCUGUGGACUCUUACACACAUUUGUGGGAUAUCAGGGAUCCAAAGAAACCAGCAAAUUCAUUUCAGACAGUAGCUGGAGCAUCUCAAGUGAAAUGGAACAAAGUGACUAAUAACUUAUUUGCUACAACACAUGAAGGAGAUGUAAGGCUGUGGGAUCCAAGAAAGGGAAGUUCACCACUUCAAUAUAUAGCUGCUCAUUUAUCAAAGAUCCAUGGUUUAGACUGGAGUCCAGAAAGUGAGACAAACUUUGCAACCUCAAGCCAGGAUGGUACUGUCAAAUUUUGGGAUUCUUCCAACCCUCGUCAGAGUAAAGGUGUCAUUACAUCAGGUUCACCGGUAUGGAGAGCUAGGUACACACCAUUUGGACAUGGACUAAUAACAGCUGUUGUCCCCCAACUAAGAAGAGGAGAAAACUCUCUAUAUUUGUGGAAUUUUGAAAAUUAUGUAGCACCAGUACAUCAGUUUGUCGGACAUCAAGAUGUUAUUUUAGAAUUUGAAUGGAGAAAACAAGCAGAAGGUCUCAAGGACUAUCAUCUUGUCACAUGGUCCAAAGAUCAAAGUUUAAGGAUAUGGAAAAUAGACCAACACUUACAAAAGUUAUGUGGUCAAGAUGUUGGUGAUAUUAGUGAUUCUUCAGAAAGUGAAAGCACAUCAUUACCCUACGACACCAAUGGAUCCAGUCCUCCAAAAGACCAAGAACAUGAUUUUCAGAGACAGAUGUCAGCUAGUCCUGAAGUAUACCCUGGUCAGAAGCCCCGAACUUUAGAACAGGAGUUUUUGAUGGUCAAUGUAGCUAUAGAUAAUGUUAGAGUAGAUGAGCUGGAUGUAAAUACCAGAACCUGUAAAGUAACCGGGAUGAUUGGGAAUAACAGUCUAAAGCUUAUGAUAACAUUUCCUCAUCAUUAUCCCAUCCAUGGCGUGCCUUUAUUUGAAUUCACAGACAUAUUGGUUGAUAACAAUGUCAUGCUGAGACUGUUGAAGGUGUUGAAGGAUACAGCAAAUAGACAUGCCAGAAGGAAUUGUCUAGAACCAUUACUGAGACAGUUUUCUACAACACUAGAUUCAUUGUCAUUUCAGACAGAAGAAAGGAUAACACCAGAUACAGAAAAUUUACCUGCAUUUUCUCCUUUCUAUUUACCUUAUGCCCGAGGAGAUAUACCUUAUGUUAAGUUUGGAUCCAGACAGGAUUCUCAUAUUCCAUUUCCUAGAACUAGUGGUGCAAGAUUUUGUUCUGCAGGUCAUUUAGUUAUAUUUGGAAGAUCAAAAGAAGCACAGAAAGGAUCAGAUUAUACACCAAAGGCAAUGUCUGACUUGAACAGCUUAGUUCAGAAAAACAAAUUACGUCCACAUCAGACAGUUCCCUUCAACUUUGCUACAUAUUCCCGCAGUCCUCCAACAGCUCAACCUGACAUAACUAUCGCUACAUAUUACUAUAAUGUCAAAAGUGGUCCAAAGAAGAACAGAGCACCAGGAAAGAGGUUCAGUACUGAUGUAAGAGACACAGAAACCAAGAAACCAAAUAUUGCUCCCGUUAAAAUAUAUGACAGUAGUAGACUUUUAGCAUUGCAUAAAAUUUUGGGAGAACAUUACAUAAUAAACAAGUCAGAUAUAUCUACAAUGUGUAAACACAAUACCAGUGUUGCUGCCACUGUUGGCAGAAAAGAUCUUGUUCAGCUGUGGUCAUUGGUGGCAUUAACUGCUGAUAAACGACUUCAAUCAUCUGAAGAUCCAGAUGAAGGUCCACCCUGGGGUCGACAUCCUUUUGGUAGAAAUUUAAUGCAAUCAUUAAUGGAAUAUUAUAUAAAACUGAGAGAUGUGCAGACUUUAGCAAUGUUAUGUUGUGUGUUCUGGAAUGGUCAGGAACUGAUGGCGCCACCUCCACCCAAACCACAGCAGUCAAUAUCAGUAGAAUAUUCAACACCACCAAAUUACAACCCAUAUCAUACGGUAUCUUCCAUGUCAAACCUUGUGAAGGGCUUGCAGACUCUUCCUGUUGCCAACAAGCUAGCUGAUAUUGUUAGCCUGCUAUCACCACCUCUCUCAGAAGUCUCAUCACACCCUAACCUUCCUGAGUUAAUACAACCAACCAACCAAGGCGUGAUGAAACUAAAAAGGUCAAACAGUUAUUCUGGAUUUGAAAUUGACACCAUUGAUAAUGAUUUCAAAUUAGAAGAAGAGGAGGAUAUUAAAGAAAGACAAGAUCAACUAGAUAAGACAGCUCAUGAGAAUUAUUGCAGAAUGUUAGAUCCUGUUGACAAGAACAAGUAUGAUGAAUACUUGAGAUGUUAUGCCAACAUACUUGACUGCUGGGGUUUAAAGAACCAAAGUAGAGAAGUGAUGAAAUUUGUUUCAAAUGCUCCACCAGAACACAGAGGAAUUGAAUUCAGUGUGUAUUGCUACAAAUGUAACCAGCCAGUCCGUGGAGCACAAUGUCUAUCAUGUAAAUACCCAGCAUUCAAUUGUGCAAUAUGUCAUCUAGGGGUCAAAGGUUUAUCAAACUUUUGUCUUGCUUGUGGACAUGGUGGUCAUACUGCCCACUUAACAGAGUGGUUUAAAGUGGAAAAUGAAUGUCCAACAGGAUGUGGAUGUCAGUGCUUAAAAGCCAAAAUACAUAUAAGUUUACAGUAGAUAACAUGGAUUUGUUAAGAAGUUUCCUAUCAUGGAUAAUCCUUAAUCCGAGGAUGGAUAUGACGGAAAUGAUACAAAUAGGUUUACUUCAAUCUUGUCGAUUUUAGAGAAGUUAAAUAUGAAGGCCAUUUUUAUUUUGAGGAUUGAUGGAAAAGGAUAAUGACCAAUGGCUAUUUUUAUUUUGAGGAAUGAUGGAAAAGGAAAAUGACCAAUGGCCAUUUUUAUUUUGAGGAUUGAUGGAAAAGGAAAAUGACCAAUAAGUUUACAGUAUUAUAUCAUGAAUCUGUAUGGAAGUUACAUGUAUUAUUUAACUGUUUUGAAGAUGGAUUAGAAAGUUGUGUGUCUUACAUGGUCAACAGAGUGCAAGUAUUGUGAGUCAUUGAAAGAGUUUGUAUUGCAUUAAAUAUUGCUUAUUAAUUCACUUAUUCACUUGAAAAAUAUUUGACACAGUCAUUUUUCAAAUCAGUCAUACAACAGGUAAUACUUAUCAGUAUUAUAAGAGAAGAAUUAGUCACAAGAAGGUAACAAAAAAGUCCUCAGUUGAUGGUAUGAAUGUGAGGUCUAAAGUAGACAGAUGUUAUGUUAGUAUGUCCUGAGUUAAUGGUAUGAAUGUGAGGUUGCAAGAAUGAUUGUACUUAAGAUGUCAUGUAAUGUAAUACCAUUGUCUUUCAAAGUUGUUUGUUGUAAUAAAUGAUAUUUGUUAUUAA